AUGUCAAAGUAUCUGCGCGUGCAGUUGUGCGUAAGACCGCAGGCUGUUGCAUGGGAAAUUCGCAAAUCUACUCGUUCACCCGUUCACGUUUCGCUUGAUACAAUUCCCAAUUCUGGAGUGUUGGAUAGCCAAGUUACCCUAUGCGAAGAAGACGACGACUUGAAGGAGGCUGCUCGAUUAUCGUUAGAAGAUGGCUGGCAAUUGGUGUUACCACGCCGUAAAAGGAGCACCAGUUCUUCUGGAGGAAUGGCACCUUGUCACGAAGAUGUCAUCAAUGAGUCUUCUUCAAAGGAUCAACGUGAGGUUGAGGUACCAUCUCGACUCAGCGUGUAUGACCGACUUUCCGCUCCUCGUCGUACCAUAUCGCCAUCAGUCUCGAAUAUGGCAGCGCCCUCCCCACGACCCAGCAGUAUUCGCUCCUCCGUUGCCUUACAGUCAGCUCGUCUUACUUGUCCAAAAAGCGCCAUGGAUCUUCCACAAACGAAGGCUUCUAUGGCCAAAAUGGCCUACAGUCGACAGCUACUCUGGGAACGAAAUCAGUCUUUAUUAGUGGAGAAACUACGCACAAAACAACGUAUGGAACGAGUUGAACGACAACGACGACGUGCUGGUCCUAGUCGCUGCGGAAUUCAUUUCGCUAAUCGGCCAACAAAUCAAAUUAAUGGCAGCUCUUUUCGACAGUGCGAUAGUGCGCCGGCAAGUGAGAGGAAUCCUUCAGUCGAUCGUUCCUUGCAAUCGAUCAAUGAAGUAGGUGAAGCCGAUGAGACUGAAACAGUUCCCGCAGAUCCCACUCCCACAGAUGCGAAUCGGGACAACAUUCGGUUUUCAGCAACUAGAUCGGAGCCAGCAUUUGGUGAAGUAUCAUCACUGCUUGGCCUAGACGAUGACGUUGAGUGGAGGGAAAUGACCGAGGAAGAGGAGUCGCUGGCGUUGGAGGAGCAAAGCCUCAAUCUUGAAAUAGAACAUGAGGAGUCAUUCUCAAUUGACAUCGAAUUAGAGCGGCAAGUUGCCGCUGAAGCUGAAGCUUUGGAAAAAUUUGAGCUCUGCCAAAAAGCUGCUCUUGCAGCCAAUCAGGUUCCGUUUUUGUUGAAGUUUCACUGCUGUGUUCCUCAGGGUAAACAGCCAGACAGUUGUUCAUCUACGUCGACUGUGGGACAACAAGCAGUUCGAACUCGAGACGAGAUCCGCCGGAGACCUCUCUUGACAUGGAGCGAGGUAGUUGGUAAGGAGCUGAUGCCACCGUACCGCGAACCGGGCACAGUUGCGGAACGUCAUGAGAAAAUGAGCAGUCCUAGUAGGAGGAGGUGCGAUAAAAAUGAUGCUGAUUUUUCUGUACGACAUGCUGAGAAACUGAAGAGAGCUACUGAAUUAAGAGCUCAGUUGCAAGCAGAAAAGACGGCGCGAUUACGAGAGUUGGCGCGCCGGGUAGAAGAGGUUCGUGAAAAAAAGCAGAAAGUAAUUGAAAGGAAAAGACAAUUGUUGGAGAUCCGCAUGGAAAGAGCGCAAGAAAAUCGAGAAAAAAAUAUUACCGAAAUUAUUCGAAAAGCGAAAGAUGACGAACAAAAG